AUGAUGUCGCAGUAUGCCGCGGAGCUCUGCGCGCUCCUGAUCGAGGACCAGUUUGGCGAUCUUUUCGCGCGCAUCUUCACCACUCUCCAGCGCUAUGAGCGACUUCCUCUCCCUCGCCUCAAGUUCUACUCCCGCCUCACGGAUCGUCAGCUCCAACAUGGCCUGGUAGCCAUGAUUCAGCAACAUCUCAUCUUUCACUUUACCUCCCUCGAAGACGGCAACACCUAUUACGCCGCAAACCCGCAUGCUGCGUAUUAUCUCGUGCGAUCUGGCAAGAUUCUCCAGUUGGUGGAAAGUCGACUUGGUGAAUAUGCGGCUCGUGUGAUGGAAGCCAUUCUAUACCUGGGUCAUGCGCCGAUUAAGCACCUUGAGACUUUGCCAGAGUUACGGUACCUCAAGCCUGAGACAUCUAACGGCGCCAAUGGAGGGUUGAAGCAGGAAGACGAAGAGCAAAGUCAAGAGCAGGAAAAUGAGCAAGGGAUUGACCAGGAGCCAGGCCUUGAGGGGGACCAGCAGGGAGAAAUCGACACCGAGGCUGAGGUGGUUGAGACAAAUGGUGCAAAUGGUGAUCAUCUUGAAGAGGCGACCGAGAAGAAACCGGCGCCUCUCCAUUCCACGCUGAAGGCACUUGCAUCGCACGGGUACAUCCUGAGAGUCAAGGAUGCGCAUUUCCAAAGUCCAGAGGACAAUUAUAUUGAGGCGCACAAGGCUGCCGCUAAUCGAUCCGAUAUCAAACUUCUCAAGGGAAAGCGGUUGACGGAGGAGCUAGCCAACAAGACCGACGAGAUUCUGCGAGAACGUACAGAGGGAGAUUUGUCCGAAGCAUACAUGAUCAAUGGCCUCCCGCGAGGAUUGAAGCGGAAAUCCGCCAAUGGGCUCAGCGAUUCCGAGAUUGACAGCAAGCGGCACACUGGCGAGAACGGAAUCAAUGGAAACCAUGAAUACGAUGAUGAGGAGAACGACUGGUCCGAGGAUGAAGAUGGAUUCGACAGUAGUCCCAUGGAGCCCAGCAUAGUCGUUCGAGUGAACUACUACAAAUUUGACGUGGCUCUCCGCAAUGCGCGCUUUGUUGAAAUGGCCGAAGCCAACGCUCCUUCGGCUACAGCAGAAAUCUACGAAACCUUCCUCCGCCGCGUCGAAUACUCCACGAAACGAUGUCGCGAUGGAACAGAAAUCCCCCGCGAAGGCGAAGAAGGAGAACAAUUCUCCAUUCCCAUCGAAACAUAUAAGAUCGUCACCGACCUUGACACCCAUCUCGACCUCUCCGGGUGCAUGGGCCCUUCAAAACCGCCCACGUCGUCAUCUUCCGAACCGCUCAAUCGCCGCGGGAAACGGCCCCUCGAAAACGGCAACGGAGUCAACGGCGAUCACUACGACGACGACCAUGAUCUGACCAACCCCAUGGACGGGGCCGACGACGAAGUCAGUCGCGCCUACGAAGUCAACCAACACCUCUCCCUCCUUGAACAGGCACCCAACAACCUAGUCUCUCAAGUCAACCUCUCCGGCGUCGUGAAAUGGCGAAUUGGUUUCCGCGGACUCGCGCGCAAACUGCGGCAUCUGGAGAUCGAGCGGCUGGUGGAAAUGCGCUACGGCGACGUGGCCCUGCGCGUGCUCCGCGUCUUACACGCCAAGGGCAAACUCGACGAGAAACGUCUUCAGGAAAUCAGUCUCCUCCCUUUUAAAGAUCUCCGACAAACGCUGGCGAGCAUGCAAACGGGCGGAUUUGUCGAUCUGCAAGAAGUUCCCAAGGAUGCGCAACGGCAACCGUCCAAGACGAUCUUCCUCUGGUACUUUGAUCCGGAUCGGGUGUGCAGUACGCUGUUGGAAGAUACAUAUAAGGCCAUGUCACGAACGUUGCAACGGAUCAAAUUUGAACGUUCGCAGCGGCGAGAUUUCCUGGAAAAGACGGAACGGAGUGAUAUCAAGGGGAAUGAGGAGCGGUGGUUGAGUGAAGGGGAAUUGGAACAACUGCGUCGGUGGAAGGAUAUGGAAGCUUUGUUGUUGGGGGUGGUUUCUCGUUUGGAUGAUAUGGUUGCUGUGUUUCGAGACUUUUAA